AUGUGGAGCCUGGGCAGCAGAGUCAGCAUACUGUGGAGAACCACUCAAAUGCUGGGAACAGAACGCUGGUGUUGUUCCUCGUGUUGUUCCUCGUGUUGUCCCUCGUGUUGUUCCUCGUGUUGUUCCUCUUGUUGUCCCUCGUGUUGUCCCUCGUGUUGUUCCUCGUGUUGUUCCUCGUGUUGUCCCUCGUGUUGUUCCUCUUGUUGUCCCUCGUGUUGUCCCUCGUGUUGUUCCUCUUGUUGUCCCUCGUGUUGUCCCUCGUGUUGUUCCUCGUGUUGUCCCUCUUGUUGUCCCUCGUGUUGUCCCUCGUGUUGUUCCUCGUGUUGUCCCUCGUGUUGUUCCUCUUGUUGUCCCUCGUGUUGUCCCUCAUGUUGUUCCUCAUGUUUCUCCUCAGGCUGAAGUGAAGACAAACAUAAAGGAUGAUGUCAGUCGACUUCCUGGUAUCUGUCGGCGACUGAAGAGACGCAGAGUCACUGUCCUGGUAAAACCUCGGACUUUCUGUUAGACACAGACUCACAUGACAUCAUGUGACCUCACACAGCUCCUCUGUACAGUCGCUCUCCUCUAGACUUUUAAACAGACUGAUGUGUAAACUUGGUGGACUCCCCCUUUGAAGAUUUGUUCUUGUUUUGUUUAAAAUACAGAAACUUCUGAUUUCAGUGUCCUCUCUCAGUCAGUCCCAGUCCAGGUCCAGGUCUAGGUCCAGUUCAGAUCAGAGUCAGGUCAGGUCCAGGUCCAGGUUCAGGUCCAGUUCAGAUCAGUGUAAUCUGGAGAAGUACUGUUGGUGGGGCCGGAGUCAGAGACUGAGUCGGGGGCGGGGUCAGAAGAUUCAGUCUGGCCAGGUGUGUCGCUGUCCGUGGGGCUCCAGGUGUUCACAUUUUUUUGUCCACAGUCUCUGACAGACAGUGUCACAUCCUGCCUGGAUGUUUUCAUUUUGUUUUUUGUUGACUUCCUCAUGAUGGCAACUGAACUUAAAUGUUUUUAUAAAUUGUUUCUGAUUAUUGAUGGAUUAUUGACAGAUGCUUAAGAAGGUGGAACAUAACAGAAUGAACAUAUGUACACUUUAAAUCCAAUUUGAGUUCAUAUAAUAAUUCAGUAAUACUUUACAUCAGACAGGAAGUCAGUAACUUUACCAUUCAAACAUCAACGUAAACAUAUAUACAUACACAUAUAUACAUACACAUAUAUAGACAUAUAUACAUAUACAUUUAUACAGAGACAUAUAUACAUUGAAAUAUAUACAUAGAUAUAUAUACAUAUACAUACAUUCAGAGACAUAGUCUAUGAACAGUACUGGGUCCUCUCCUCUUCAUUAUCUACCGCCUGCCCCUGAGCACAAUCCUCUGUCACCAUUUUCAUUGCUAUGCUGAUGAUACACAGGUCUAUAUCGCUACAAAACCCACCACUGCCUGUCCUCCCUCCUCCUCAUCACCCCUCACCAAAUCAUCUGACCACAUCAACCCCAUUCUCAUUCAACUACACUGGCUCCCUGUUCAAUAUUGGAUUAACUAUAAAAACCUUGUGCUCAUUUCAAAGCCUUCCACAACUUAGCCCCUACCUAUCUUUCUGACCAGGACUACACACCCUCUUGUUUCCUGCGGUCACCCUCCGCAGGUCUUCUGAACACUCCCACAUCACACCUCAGUCUGAAACCAUAACAGUAUUCAAAUCCCACCUCAAAACUCCUACUCCUACGCCUACUCACCGUCAUUGUUUAGCAUUCUGCUCACCUCACAGUAUUACUGUUUUAUUCCCCCCUCCCACAUGUGUCCAUCCAAUUCAUGUCUCGUUUUUGUUUUGUUCUGCUGGUCAUGUCUUGCCAUGAUUUGCUGUUUUAAUUAAUGUGACUUUGAUCUCCUGCACUGUAAGUUGUCCUUGUGUGUCUUGAAAGGAACUUCUAAAUAAAAUGUAUUAAUAAUAUUAUUAUUAUUAGAUAUACAUACAUAGACAUAUAUGCAGAGAUGCCUAACCGAGUGCUGGACAGUACAGCGACGUCAGCUCUGAGCUGCUUUCA